AUGUCACCGUCAACACAAUCACCGACAUUCGUCGGCCUUAAAGGCCAAAACCUCAUUUAUGCCGUGACAUUCACAUGUUCGAUAGGAUUUCUUCUUUUCGGCUACGACCUCGGAUUUAUGGGUGGACUCACUACUUCGCCUGAAUUCCUGGCGGUCUUCGGAGAUCCCGAAGCAUCACUACUAGCAUUCCUCGUGUCCUCCUACGAAGUCGGUGCUUUGCUCGGCGCUCUAUUCCAAUUCUUUAUGGGUGAUCGGUUCGGACGCAAGCCGAACAAUAUGGCUGGAGCGGUGAUUGUCUCGAUCGGAGCGAUUCUCCAAGCGACUACAUUCAGUCUUCCCCAGUUUCUUGUCGGUCGGGUUGUUGCUGGGUUUGGGCUUGGUAUCAUGACUACUGUUAUUCCCAUCUGGCUGUCUGAAUGCAGUAUGCCUGAAUCCCGGGGUCGGAUGAUGGCUAUGCAAUUGUCGAACCUGAUUGUCGGGUUGAUCCUCGCGAACUGGCUUGACUAUGGGAUGGAGUCUUAUUCUGGAUCUGUGCAGUGGCGGUUUCCCUGUGCGUUCCAGAUUUUGUUUUGCUGCAUUACGCUUGUGUGUAUGCCGUUUCUACCAGAGUCACCGCGUUAUCUAUGUGCGAAGGGUGACAUGGCGAAUGGGAGAAUCUCUCUCGCGGCACUUCGUGCUGGAUUCCCAGAUGACCCUGCCGUUGUGGAGGAGUUGAAGGAGAUUCAAUUUGCUCUUUCGGUUGAAGCAGAGGAACAGGGAUCUUGGGGUGAUAUAUUCAAGGAUAACGGGAUCAGCGGGUUUUCGCGAAUGGCCAUCGGGUUUGCGGCGAACUUCUUUCAGCAGAUGUCGGGCUGCAAUGUCAUGUCGUCGCUUGGUCCGUAUGUCUUUGAGGACUCGAUUGGUAUGUCUCGACACAAUGCGUUGCUCGUCUCAGGUGGUCUGCAGGUGUGGUAUUUUCUCAGCAGCUUGUUUCCCUGGUGGGCUAUCGAGCAUUUCGGGCGACGUCCUCUCUUCAUGAUCGGGUCUGCUGGAAUGGGUGUUUGCAUGACCCUUUCGGCUAUCUUUAUUGGCAUCGGCGGGGAGAAACUUGGAUACGGCGCCGCUGUGGUGUUAUACCUCUUUCAGAGCUUUUUCACCCUGGGAUGGCAAUCGAAUAUGUGGAUUUAUCCCAGCGAAAUUCUUCCGCUCAAGCUAAGAUUGCGAGGUGCUGCCCUGGCCGUCGUCUCUCAAUGGCUAUUUACAUUUCUGGUUGUUGAGAUCACGCCCGUCAUGAUCACCAAUAUCGGGUACAAAUGCUACGUGGUAUUUGCGAUCAUAAACUUUGCAACCGUGCCACUUGUCUAUUUCACUUUCCCCGAGACCAGUAAGAUGCCUCUUGAAGCAGUGGAUCUCUUCUUCGCCGACCGGGAUGGAAAGCGACCCUCUCUUUGGCGUGUCGUUAAAGAUUCAAUGGACAAAGAUUUUGUUGCAGGUAUUGAGAGGCAGUUGCAGGAAAGGGCAGCAUUGCGAGCGGAGAAGCAGGAGACCCUGAGCUCUGAACACAAGGCCGACCGUCUUGAGUUGGAGGCCGCGUGA